CAUUCAUUGCUUUGUCUUAAAGGAGCAGUAUAUGCCAGUUUAAACUGCUGCCACUUCUACCAGUGCCCAGCGCAGUGUGUGGAAGGUGAGCAACGUUACCGCUCAGCUGCUGUAAUUCUAGUGUCCCGGUGACAUCACUGCCAGCCCCUGCCAUGCCGGUUCGGUGUCUCUGCCGGUGUGCGGCUGGUAGGGGGCAGCAGGGAGGCAGAUACCGGGGCUAAGCCCGCAAGCCUUCUCCAGUCCCCAGUACAGAUCAUGGCUCCGGCGGUGCGGACCGUGGACACGGUGUCGGAAUUUACAAGCUGUGUGAGUGUUUAGUCGCUUCCCGGGGAUUUUUUUUUUUUUUAAAGAAUAAAACUAAAUAAAACUGGGGGACAUAAAGUAAUGAAGAGCUGGAGCUUAAGAGGAUGGGGAUAAUGAAUAGGAGUUUAAAGACGUAUUACCGGUCUGUAAAGCGGCUGGGUUUAAACACUGUGCAUUUUAAAUUAAAUAUAUUUAUUUGUUGAUGUUUGAGCAGUUAAAAUGAAUCUAAGCAUCGUUGUGUUGAUUAUUGUAACAAUAUGUUCUGAUUGUGACACGUGCAUGUUACUGUGUAAAAGUUUUUUUUUUUUUUGUGAAUAUGGCACUUAUCGAUGUGUGCUGCUCUCUCUGUCACAUGGUGGUGAGGGACCUGCUACUAUAAACAUGGUAUUUGAAAGUCCUGUAGAUGAGGUGGCCUUUGUAAACCGAGAGUUUGUGAACCCCUGCUGUAAAUAUGGCUUGCAAUAGUGAAUUCCACUGACUUUGUCACAUUAUAAUUAGUGAUCUGCAGCUUUAAAUAUGACAGAGAUGGGGGCUGCAGCUACCUCUAUCAUAUGAUGGUAAAUGAUUUGACAUCAAGAAUAUUGAAGUUAAUUAUGAACAAUGUUUAAUCUUUCACAGAAGUAAGUGAAGUGUCACGGUGAAUAUGGCAGCUAAUUGUGGACACUGCUGUCUCAUGACCGCCGUAACAAUGGUAGUUAUGGUUGAUGGCACUGCUCCUGUUACAUGAUAGCAAGCUAUAAACUUCCUCUUUCCCCUAGACUCUCCCACCUGUGGUUGCGGUCUCCUACGUGAGAUUGCAUAUAAACGAAAGAAAAAGUUGAACGGCGUGAAUAUCCCGAACGCGGCUAUUCUCGCCGCUUACCUGGUGUUCGUUAGUUUGUGCGUGUCUGUGCGAACGGACUGGUGGGAAGCCGCAAGGUAUGACGGGACCGGAAGUGCGAUGCCUGUUGAGGACCCGGAAGUGUGA